AUGUUUCUACAGUUAUGUGCUCCAGUUUUACUUCUAACAUGGCUAGUCGGUACUUUUAAUCCAUCACUUGCCAAUUAUUUGGUUGCACCAGUAAUCUGUACUGAUGCAUCAAUUAAUUUGCGUUAUAGUCGACCGUUACCUGCGGCGUCCACGCAAGACAACGUCACAGCGUCUGGAAGUGGUAGUGGAGUUUGGUAUUCCUGUAAUCUUGGACCGGUCAAUAUCUCUAUUAGCUAUUACGUGAACUUUACUGUAACAGAUGCCAAUUGUGAAAAGGCAACGUUCAGUAAUUUUAUUUUCACGGGUUUCUUUAAUUGUAGUACACUCGCUCAAGAACCAGCAAGUACCAAGAACUUAACGGUCCUACUGAGUGAUCCAAACAAUACCCGUUAUCUGGACGAAACUCAACCGUUUCUUGGACCUAUCGUAGUUCCAGCAAGUGCAACAGUGCCUGGUGUGCUCACCGUCCCAACUUUGGAAAAUGUUAUAGUGCCUGGAGCGGAUGGAAUAUCAUUAACUUUAAGUUUAUUUACAAGUGUUCGGCUUGGCAUUAAACGUUUUUGA